GCUGCCCUUCCCUCUGUUGCCCGCCGUCUGUUGGAUCUAUCUUUGUUUGCGGCUCGCGUGCUGUGCUCUCCUCCCCUGUUUUUUCUCCCGCCGCCUGGAGCGCGAAGCCGAGCGACAUGUCGACCAUCCAGGAUCUGUGGGGGUCCCUGCCUGCAGGUCACCCCAACUUCCAGUUUGCUGCCUCCUCCUCGGCUUCUUCAUCCUCCUCCUACUCGAUGUCCCCCGCUUCGCACGAUGAGGGCGACCUCUUUGCCUGGGUGCAGGAGGUCAUGCACGAAACCGCGGCCGAGCUGGCCUCCGACUCGGAUUCCGACUCGGACUCGGACUCGGACUCGGACCCGGCCGAGGAUGCGGCCCGGCGAGCGGCCGGCUACCGGGCCCUGAUCACGGACCUGCGGGCCUUCACCGAGGCCCAAAGCCGCCGGCACCAGGCCCAGCGCCGGCGCUUGGGCCGGCGCGGGCUCCGGCCCUUCUGCCUGGCACGACUUCCCCCCUGGGGCUCGGCCGCCACCGACUCGGCCUACUGCCUCCCGGGGCUGGCGCAGUCGCUGCCGGCGGCCGAGGCCCCUGAGGCGGCCGGCGCCACGCCGGAGGACCUGCUGGCCGCGGUCCGGCUCCUGCGCAGCGGCGGCGGCGGCGGCGGCGGCAGGUCCCCGGCCAGCCGGGUGGCCGCCGGGUCGGUGACUCUCCUGCUGGAGAUUGCGCUGACCCUGGCCGGCGAGCUGGAGGCCCUGACGCGGCUCGGUGCCCAGACGGCAGCCGAGGCGCUGGCCGCCAUGGACCCGGCCCCCCCCGGGCCCGGGGCGCCGCCCACCCCGGCGGCCGAGGCCGAGCAUCGCCCCAGCCUCGAGGCCCUCGGCGAGCUGUACGCCUACACGGCGCGCACCCUCGGCCAGCUGACCCGCGCGGCUGGCCACUGUCUCGCCGCCGUGCGCAUGGACGACCCGCUGCCCGACCUGCACAUCCCGCUCUUCCUGGUGAACAUGGUCGGCGCGUCGGUCUUCAACUGCCGGGACAUGAUCGGGCAGAUGCACCAGGCGGCGCCGGCGCCGGAUGGCCCGGAGCCCGUGCUGCUCGGGGGCGCGCCGGGCCCGACCGGGGUCGACCCGCGGCGGCUCCUGGGCACGGGCGCGGGCGCGGCCCCGGCCCCGGCGGCGCAGCUCCUCCCGCGCGCCGGGCUGGCCCUGCUGCACGAUCUGAAUGUCCUGUGCGCGCUGUUCUACCUGCAGACGGUCCGCCUGCCGGGCACCUUCCAGGGGGUCAACACCCCCUGGGUGCGGGUCUUUUCCAAGCUGGCCAGCGCGUGCGUGGCCCUGCGCAUCCUCACCUACGAGCUGGUGUACUACUACACCUGGCCCGGGUUCCUGAGCCCCCUGCCGACGCCGGGCCCGGCGGCGCCGGUGGACGGCCGGCCCUGGACGGCCCCCCGGCAGCACGACCCGCGGGUCCUGGCGCGGGCCCUGGCGCGCGGCGGCCGGGAGCUGGCCUGCCUGCGCGCCCUCCUCCGGAGCAUCUGGGCCCCGGGGGCCGAGGCGCCGGCGAUGGUGCCGCCCGGGGCCCCGGCAGCCGGGGCCCCGGCCCUGAGCCUCUUCGGCACGCCGGCCCUGGACAACGACCUGGCGGAGUCCCUCCGGCGGCCGGCCGCCGCCGCCGCCACCGCCGGGGUCGGGGAGCUGCCGCGGCUGUGCGACGGCCUGCGCGAGGCGCUGGCGGCCGGCGGGGCGGCCCUGAGCCCCGGGACCCCGGGGGCCGAGCGCCUGCGCCAGCGAGCGCUGCCGCUGCACCGGGCCCUGGGCGCGUGGCUCGGGCUGGAGGGUCCUGGACCGCUGGCCGGCGGGCCGACCGCGGCCCAGGCCCCCGGCGAGGAGCCCCCGGCCGGCGGGGCCAUCCCCAGCAAGGGGCCCCCCUCGCCGGAGCGCGUGACGGCCAUCCCCCCGGCGGCCGGGGGUCCUCCCCCCGGUGGGUCGGGCCCGGGGACCGGGGCCUGGUGGCCGGCCGGGCCGGCCGGGGCCACGCCGGGCUCCUCGCUCGGGGGCAGCCUGCCGGGCAGCGGGACCGGGUCGCCGGCCGGCGGGAGCCCGGCCUUCGAGGCGCUGCCGCUGGACGUGGCGUCCGGCUGGCCGCGGCCGGAGCCGCUGCUGCUGGACCAGCUGCUGUCCACCUCGCUGCAUGAGGACCCGGUGCUGCUGGAGUGCUCGCUGGAGGCGUGGCGCCGGCGCAUUGCCCUCCUGCAGGCCGAGGGGGAGCCCGGGCCCGGGGGCGAGGGCCCGGACCCGGCGUCGCCGGUGGCGUCCGUGUCCCCCGGCCGGGGCUCGCACCCGCGCCUCUCCCAGGUGAGCCACUACCAGCGCCUGGUGAAGCUCUACUGGUCGGCCGCCUCGGCCGCCAACAGUCUCAGCCUGUCCCUGCUGGCCGGCGACCCGGGGGAUGGCGGUGACCGGCCGGGAGCGCUGGCGGCGGCGGCGGCCUCGGCGGCGGCGGCGACUGCCUCCUUCGGCCCGGGCUCCGGGGCAUGGGAGUCCCCGGCGGCCGGGCUGGCGCGGGCGCCGGUGGUCCGGUGUGUCGGCCCCUCGUGGGCCGGGGCGCGCCUGGCGGCCGGGGGCCAGCACCUUGUCGAGGCCGGCCCGCAGGCGACCCUGCUCUUUGGGGCGGGCGCCGGGCGGGGCGCUGUGGCGCCGGUGGCCCAGGCGACCGGGGCCCCGGGCCAGCUGUGCCUCUUCUCCAUCCCGGUGGUGGCCCCGGGCGGCGGGGGUCGGGCCGUCGUGUGCACCGGGCCGGCGGUUGCCCGGCGCCUGGUGCCCCCGGGGCCGGAUGCGCUGGCCCGCGCCGGCCUGCCUCCUUCACACGCCCGCGUCCCGGGCUUCUGGCAGGGUGUUCUCCUGAGCGUGGCCCUGGCCGCCGUGUGGUUCCUCAUCGGGCUGCUGGUGUCGGAGCCGCUGCUGGCGCUCUACUAAAUGCACCGCGCACGCUCGCCCCCUUCCUGCCGCCCCUGUUUCAUCCGCUCCCUUUAAACAUGAUAGACGCUGCGCUGCA